CUAUAUUAGUGACGCCAGUUCUUGAACGAUUUUCGAGGCUCCAGUAAAUGAUGACACUGACCGACUCACACUGAAUCAGCUAGGAACCCGCAAAAUUAACAAAGCGUAACUUUGUUCUGACUCACAGCAAAAAAGUCUCCACCAGUCUCUUCGAUUGACUGUCUGCCCCUUACAAUCCUCACUGCACCAGAAGACUUGCGCCAAGACGAGCUCAACAAAGCUAGCCAUCAUCAUCAUAAUGUCAGAAACGGAAUCGCAAGCCACCGCCUCAUCUCUCCAAAUAUGCAGGAUCAUGCGUCCCGAUGAUGCCAACAUAGUGGGCAACGUGCAUGGUGGCACCAUCUUGAAGAUGAUUGAGGAGGCUGGGUGCAUCAUAGGAACUCGCCACUGCAACACACAGCCUGGGGACCGCUGCGCAGCGCAGCUAGCUCGUGUGGAACGUACUGACUUCCUGUACCCCAUGUUCAUAGGAGAGGUGGCCCAUGUUAGUGCUGAGAUAACCUACACCUCCAAUCACUCUGUGGAGGUACAGGUCCAGGUGAUGUCAGAGAACAUCCUCACAGGGUCUAUGAAGAUGACCAACCGGGCCACCCUCUGGUACGUCCCGUUCUCUCUGAAAGAUGUGGGCAAGGUUACGGAGGUGCCUCCCAUCAAGUAUGCUAACCCGGAGCAGGAGGAAGAGGGGAAGAAGCGCUACGAAGCUCAGAAGAUGGAGAGACUGGAGACAAAGGAGAGGAAUGGGGAGCAGCUCAUGCCCGUGUCUGCCCCAGACAGAGCAUCCAAAGAGCCUUACACGGUGGGCUUCAGCCAGUCCAGCCUAAUCCACCUGGUGGGCCCCUCCGACUGCACUCUGCAUGGCUUCGUACGCGGAGGUGUGACAAUGAAACUGAUGGAUGAAGUGGCUGGAAUCGUGGCGGCCCGACACUGCAAGACCAACAUAGUUACCGCCUCUGUAGAUGCCAUCAACUUCCAUCGCAAGAUCAUGAAAGGCUGUGUGGUAACCGUCUCAGGCAGGGCGACAUUUACCAGUAACAAGUCUAUGGAAAUCGAGGUGUUUGUCGAUGCUGACCCUCUGAUAGAGGCUGAGAAGGAGAAGUAUCGGGCCGUCACGGCUUUCUUCACCUACAUCUCCCUGGACAAGGAGAACAAGCCUCUACCCAUCCCUGCUUUGAAGCUUGAAGGAGAAGAAGAUCAAAAGCAUUUUGAGGAGGGCAAAGCACGAUACCUCCAGAACAAGGCAAAGAGACUGGCAGACAAGCAGCGCCAACAAUGACACCAACCACCCUGGGAAUAUCAUAGCACAGUUCAAUACACAUCUGCAAGAAUACUUUCCUAUAUUAUUACUAUAAUCCAUCUUAAAUAAACAGGUCCGACUUGGAAAAAAUAAUGAUACUCUUGUUGAUGUCUCAGUGUAAGCUUAAUUGCCGCAAACCAACCUGUGUCUCUGUAUGUAAGGGAAAAUAUAUACAUAUGUAUAUUUAUUUUAUCUUUAAGAAUGUUAUUUAAAAAGCCUAUCAAUAUUCACUCUGUGUGAAAUGAUGGGUCUGUAAAUGCAUUGAUAAAUAAAUUGAAAAUAAAUGAAGAAAUAC